ACUGGCUGCGGGCAGUGCGAGCUUACCCUGCAGCCGGAGGCGCUCGAGGCUGUCCCUACCUUUUGCGCUUUGCGACUAGUUGUGAGGCAGUCACAUGUUGCUGUUUCCUGACACUAAAAACCUGGGAAAAGGGACGGAAAACAAUUUUCUAGAUCCCGACAGCUAACUUCCCAGCGUUACUGACAGCCAGGCGUGCUCCAAGUGCGCAAGCGCCGCAGUGCGCCGCGCUCCCGGGUCGAGAGGGAACGCGCGGCCGGGGCGCCGGGGGCAGGUCCUGUGCUGCGGUUCCGGGGCGGGGCCGGGAGGGGGAGCCAGUCCCGCAGUAGCGGCGGCAGCAAUGGCGAUUUUCAGUGUGUUUGUGGUGAACAAAGCUGGAGGCCUCAUUUACCAGUUGGACAGCUACGCGCCACGGGCCGAGGCUGAGAAAACUUUCAGUUACCCGCUUGAUCUGCUGCUCAAACUGCAUGACGAUCGUGUGCUGGUUGCCUUCGGCCAGCGCGACGGCAUCCGGGUGGGCCACGCAGUGCUGGCCAUCAAUGGUGUGGAUGUGAGCGGCAAGUACACAGCCGAUGGGAAAGAGGUGCUGGAGUACCUGGGCAACCCUGCUAACUACCCGGUGUCCAUUCGAUUCGGCCGGCCUCGCCUCACCUCCAAUGAGAAGCUCAUGCUGGCCUCCAUGUUCCACUCGCUGUUCGCAAUCGGCUCCCAGCUGUCUCCUGAACAGGGCAGCUCAGGCAUUGAGAUGCUGGAGACAGACACAUUCAAACUGCACUGCUUCCAGACAUUGACAGGGAUAAAGUUUGUGGUGCUGGCGGAUCCUAGGCAGGCUGGGAUAGAUUCUCUUCUCCGAAAGAUUUAUGAGAUUUACUCAGACUUUGCCCUGAAGAAUCCAUUUUACUCCCUGGAAAUGCCCAUCAGGUGUGAGCUGUUUGACCAGAACCUGAAGUUAGCCCUGGAGGUGGCAGAGAAGGCUGGAACUUUUGGACCUGGAUCUUAGACUGAACCUGCAGUGGACCCCCCCCCCACUCCCCGCAUAUUCUUGAGAGAUCCUGCAACAGGGGUCCUGCUGUUUCCACUCCGAUGGCGAGCCCAGCGGCAUUUGUUAGUGCACUUGAAAAUGGGAGGUUGCUGAGCCUGAUGACAUGUACCGAUGCCCGAGCCUUAAUACCAUGCUCUCUUUCCUCCUGUAUCUGUCAUGGUCCUACUUCCCAACUCUGUACAGAUUAUUUAUGGAGGAGGUAGGCCCAUAAAUGCUAUAAUAAACAUUCCUUUGAUCUCAG